AUGGCUCCAUAUGAAGCACUUUAUGGGUGGUGUUGUAGAUCUCCAAUUUUGUGGUAUGAACCUAAUGAAGUAGAAGUAUUGGGUUCUGACUCAGUUCACGAAGCAAUAGAGAAGGUGAACCUCAUUGUGCAACAACUCAAGACAGCUCAGAGUAAACAAAAGUCUUAUACGGACAUGAGGCGUCGUGAGCUAGAGUUUUAUGUUGGUGACAAGGUAUUCUUGAAAGUGUCACCGAUGAAGGGAGUAAUGUGGAUUAGUAGAAAGGGCAAGCUUAGUCCUCGUUUCAUUGGUCCUUAUGAGAUUGUCAGGAGAAUUGAGAGGGUGGCUUAUGAGUCGAAGUUACCCUCUGAGAUGGCGAUUAUGCAUCCUGUGUUUCACAUUUCGAUGUUGAGGUUGUAUAAACCUGAUCCUUCUUAUGUCUUGACUCAUGAAGAGAUUGAAAUCAAUGAAGGGUUGUCUUAUGAAGAAGAAUCGGUGCAGAUCAUGGAUCGACAAGUUAGGAAGUUGAGAACAAAAGAUGUAGCUUCAGUUAAAGUCCUGUGGUGA